AUGGAAUAUGAACCAGGUGAGGUGAUUAUAUACGCAUGUGUGGCAACAAAAGACAAUAUUCUUGCUGAUUACGCUGAAGUUUCAAUUCCCAAACUUGACAGUGUGUUACACGAAAUUACAAAGAAAGUUGGCGACCAACCGACGUCUGUAAUUCGCCAAGAUAAUUUAAUAAUACAUGUACAUUCCCAUAUUCAAGAAACUUCACAGCUCAUCACAAUUGCUGUGACGGGUACGAAUUUUCCAACCGAUCGUUGUUUCGACUUUUUAGAGGACGUUUCCUCGUCUUUUGCAAAAAUGUAUGAACGUGGGCAAUAUGAACACUGUCUCGAACGCGCCUUCAAUCCGACAUUUUCCGUUCUUGUUAAACAGAAAAUGAAACAUGCCAAUGACAACAAUACAAUUACUGUGACUGUACUAGACAAUCCACAGGGCGAAAUAAUUACUCGCACUAACGAUGAUAUAUCUAUGCUCAUUGAUAACGACACGCGUCUUGACGAACUUCAUGAUCAAGCCAAAAUGCUCCUCCAAACGACGAUUGAUAAAGAAAACGACUCGAAACUUCUUCGGCAAAGAACAUUUUUGACCACAUCAAAAAUGUUUUUUCUUCUGUUCAUUCUCAUCAUUGUUGUCACCUUUUUGAUCAUAUGGGGCGCAUGUGGCAUAACGUUCGAGAAGUGCAGAAACUAA